CCGUGCAGACACUAAGGAAGCUGCUGUGAACUGGUUUAAAACAACACAAACUGAAAAUGUUCUAGUCCCACAACAAAACAAAUUUGCUGACUGGUUCCAUGGGAUUAUAUCACGCACUGAGGCUGAGAGAUUGUUGAAAAACAAAAUUGUCGGUUGCUUUUUGAUUCGUGUCAGUGAGAGCCGCUAUGGAUACACACUUUCUUUCAGAGCUGAAACGAGAUGUCGUCAUUACAUGAUAGACCAGCUGAGAAAUGGAAAAUUUAUCAUAAUCGGUGAACCUAAAGUUCAUCGCUCGUUGCAUGACUUGGUUGCUUACCAUAAGAAGGUCAAAAUUUCAAACUGGGACAACUUUCUUACAGUACCAUGUGGCCAGGAUCAUGGUGAAUGUGAUUAUGCUGAUCUUGUGGAUGAUGAUUCCUUUGUGAAGAGUGAUAAGAAAUCGAUGACACCACAGACAUCAAAUCAGCCCAAGGGCAUAUCACCAAAUGCCUCUAAGAGACCACUUCCCAAGCUGCCUGAAGAAGAUUACAACAAACUAAUAGCAGAGAAAAGGGCAUACCUUGUAAAAUGGUACAUUAAAAAAAAACAUAGUUACCCCUCUCCCAGUGAGUGCCAGGAUCACACCUUUUCUGGGGGGUUAUAA